AUGCCUGUCCAUCCCGAAGUCCUCCCCACCCCGGCUCGUCUCCCACCCGAUGAUGCCCUUUACGCCAUUGGAAGGCUCCUCAAAAUCAUACUAAUUGGGAUUUUCAUUCUUUUUGGAGUGAUUCCCGCGUUAUGUGGUACCCUUCUACCGCCCUUUUCCAGCCUCUGGGAGGUUCUUAUUGCCAUCUCCCCCUACGCGUGGGCAUCGAUCGGCAUUGUUCUGAGCAUAUCCUUAUCAAUUAUGGGCGCCGCGUGGGGCAUUCUAACGAGUGCGGCUUCGAUUAGCGGCGCGGCGAUUCGCGCCCCGGAGAUUCGGAGCAAAAACCUAAUAUCGAUCAUCUUCUGUGAGGCGGUGGCCAUUUAUGGCGUUAUUCUGUCCAUUAUCAUGAUGGGGAAGAUUCGGGCGAGCACCUCGACGGUGGAUUUGGUCGGGUCCUACACUUCGAAUGCCAGGGCCGGCGGCUACGCCCUCUUCGCGGCGGGCCUCGCCGUCGGUGUGGGCAAUCUGGCCUGCGGCAUAGCAGUUGGCGUCGUCGGCAGUAGUUGCGCCAUCGCGGAUGCCCACAACAGUGCCCUUUUUGUGAAAAUUCUAAUUAUUGAGAUCUUCGCCUCCGCUCUUGGAAUUUUCGCAGUGAUCACGGGCAUUUUGAUGACCCAAAAUGUGAAUAUGUCUUGA